AUAUGUACAUAAAUAAAUUCAAAUAUAUAGAAACAGAGAAAUCGCAGUAAAAUGGAUUUACAUGAGCACUAUAUGCACAUUUCAACAAUAGAUUUCUCAAUCUUAGAAUUAUUAGAAAUUGCAUUUAAAGAUGAUCCAUUUUUAUUACUACAUCGGCUGAGCAAAUAUUACAAUACCGAAAUACAAAAAAAUAAUUUACAUGCGAAACAAUUAUAUACAUUUCAAAUGAUAUUAUGUUAUGAAUAUCAGCUUGUAUUUCAUACAAAAAAGAAACAUUCCAAAAGAGUGCCGAAUGAUUUAUGUCUUAAAACUAUAGAAAAUACUCUACUUGGAAAAAAGAAAUUACAAAAUUUUACUGAAUAUCCAAUUUUAUAUGAUAUUUUAAUUUUACAAUUAACACUUUACUGCGAUGCGUCCUGUAUUGAACAACAUUUGAUAAAUUUUCGGCAAUUAAAUGCUGAUAUUUUGAACAGUAAUGAAAGUAAAAUUUUUUAUAUGAAAAUACUAGAAUGUUUUUUAGAUUCCUUACAAUUAAAAAAAUUUUUAUAUAACAACUUGGAAUUAAAUCUACGGAAAUGUUUAAAUUCAAUGUACCUAGAAGAUAUAGUAUCGUGGUUACAAAUGAAAGAAAAUAAAGAAUGGCGAGUAUUUGCUUCAAUUUUGCCAAAAUUAAUAAAUAUCUUUGAUUUUGAGAAUGUUUUCCCAACCAUAUGGGAUUGUACUUUAAGUAAAUUAGAUGAUUUAAAAGAUUUAUUAUGUGCGCUCAGCAUUUUAACAGAUACAUGUUUUUCAUUGAACUUAAAAAGUAAAAGUCUCAUAUAUUAUGAUAUAUGUUAUAAAGAACAACUGUGGUUGUCAAUAAUACAGAGCUUAAAGUCUCCAAUACAGCAGCAUCGUAAACAAGCAUUAUUUAUAAUGAAACAAAUAAUUGAUUUCAUGAAUACUAUAAAUGGAAAUGAUUUAAAAUCAGAAGAAUGUACAAUUAUUCCUUUUGUAUGCAAUCAAUCAAUCAAAACAGAAAUAUCAAUAAAUGAUAUUAAACAAAAUUAUUUCUUGAUAUUAGAGGCACUGGAAGAAAAACAGCAUCAUCUUGUAUUGCCUGCAUUAACUCAUUUACCAAUUUUGAUAAAAGGAAAUGAAGAACAUGCUGCAUGUAACAAUUGCUUUAACAGUAUUUGGUUACAAUUAAUUUUUGAGAGAAUAUUAUUGCACGAUAAUAAUGCUAUAGUAAAACAAGGUGUAUUAUAUGUUUGUAAAUUACCUAUUCUUUUGCAAGAUGAUCAGUUUACAAAAUUAUUUAUACAUAUUUUAAAUAAUACCUUUUUAUAUGAAUGUCAAACUCAACAAGAACCAAAAAUAUUAAAUGAUAUUGUGACAUUAUUCGUGCAUGCAAAAAAGAACCAAGCUGAAUUUUUGAAUAAAGUUCUUCAAAUAAUGAAUGAAGACACUUGGGCUCCUAUACCAAUGUUUUAUAUGAUGAAAAUUUUAAGGACAGUUUCAAGUCAAGUAAUGAACUAUUGGGCAGAUGAACAAUUGAAUCUAAUUAAAUCCUUAAUCCAGAAAAAUUUAAGUAUGCAUUCUCGUCCAUUAAGGAUCGCAUCUCAAAUUGAACUUUUAAAAACAAUUUCUCUCUCUGUAAAGAAGAUUAAUGAUUUGAAAAUUGCAAUGAAUAUGUUGUUAGAAUUUUCUUUAGAAGAUAUUAUUGUACAAAAUUCAUUUUCAUGGAAUAUUAUGAUAUCAUGGCUGAAAGAAAUAUUAGAGGAAACAGAUGCAAUAAAUUUUAUUAAAUUUGUUUGUGAAGAAUAUUCUUAUCAAAAUUUGCAUGCCAAAUUCAGUCCUGCAAAAUUUGCUGUUAUUAUUAUUAUAUUUUAUGAUGCAGGUCUAAUAUUACAGCAAAAAGCAUGUCCUGUAGGAAAAGUACUCGAUAAUUGGAUGUCAUCACUUAAAGGGAUAGAUAUGAGACCCUAUGCAAAUGUUACACAUAUCUUUUAUAUAGUAGAAUUUAUGUCACAUUUGCUUAAUUUAAAUGGCAUAGAAACUCAAAGAAGUGUUAUACAAUUGUUGAAUUUGUAUAUUAAUGAUGCAUUAAAAUUUUUACUUAAAUAUAAUAAAAGCAUACCAUAUAAAUUUAAUUAUGAACAAUUAAACAGAUAUCUCACUGCAAUUGUUUUAAUUCUUAAUAAUGGAACAAAACUUUUAAUGGAAAAGGAAAUUUUAUGUUAUGUUAAAAAGUUUAAAAAUGAAAGUAUAACUAUUAUUCAAAAUAUAAAACAAUAUACAAACAUGCACUAUGUAUAUGCUUUGUAUAUUUUAUAUUAUACUCAAAAUAUUUUGUGCACAAACCAUACUUCAUUUUAUUUACAACCAUUGUUAAAUAUAUGUGAUAUUCACAUAUCUAAUAAUGAUGAAACAGAAGUGGAAUUUACUAAAAGAAAGAUAGCCUCCGAUUGUUAUAUAUUAUUUGCAAGGCUUUUAAAUCAAUUUCUAUCAAAAGUAGAGAUAGAAUUAUGGCCCCAAAAUAUUGACUGGUUUAAAAGUAUUUCCUAUUUAUAUGAAAUGGGAGGAAAUGAAAUUGUUCCAGAAAUAGCACUAAUAUUAAAAACAAUGAUUAAUAAGGAAACAAUAGGAGAUCUAGGAAGUAAAUCAAAUUUAAUAUCUAUUUUUACUACAUGUUGGAGAACUACUUUGUUGAGUACAAAAAAUAAGAUUUUCUUCCUAACAAUAAAAAAUCUUAUAGGAGUUAUUAUAAACAAUAAUUUUUUGGUAUUGCCCAAUAUUAAAAAUUUUGUAGACAGUUUUCUUAAUCAAUUACUUGAAGAAGGUAAUAAUGUGCCAAAAUUGAAAAAAUUUUUACUAAAUGAAAUGAAAUUAUUAAAUACAUGCUACAUAAAGGAUCUGCAAGAAUCAUUGUUAGCGUGUCUUCUUCAUGGACAUAUAUUUCGAAAAGAUAAACAAAUAGAAGAUCAAGUUUAUUUGUACAUUACAAAAAAUUAUCACACUUCUUAUCCACAACAUAUACAAAUAAUAGAUCAUAAUAAUGAUGUUAAUAUUAGAGCAGCUUCUGUUAUUUUACUACAUCAAAUAAUUAAUCAAGAUAAAAAAUUUGGAACAAUAUUUCUUCCAAAUGUCCUACAGAAAUUGGAAAAGUACAAAAAUAAAAGAUAUUUUAAUCACUCUUAUAUACAUAAAAUAAAGCAUCGAAUUAUGCAAAUUUUGUUAAUAAUACAGCCAAUUUUAACUAAGAAUGAUAAUGUGAUAUUGCAAGAAUUUCUUUGCAAUUUAAUGCUUUUGGAAAGUAAUCAACAUAGUGUUCGAAUAAUGCAAGAAUGGUUAUUAAUAAGAAUUUUUGUGGAAAAUAUAGAUUUUCAUGAUAAAAUCUGGGAAUUUUUUGAGAAGGCUAUUACAGCACGUCCAGGGUGUGUUAGUUCCAUAAUGUGUAUUAUUUAUCAUGUUUCAAAACUCCUAUCUAAAGAUUCCCAAAGCAAUUUUAUUUUAAUAGCAUUCAAUUACAUUCCACGUUGUUGUUUGGGACAACAAUAUAAUAUGCGUCUUUAUGCUCAGAUUAUCUUUGUAAAAUUAUAUAAAAUGUUGGAAGAAUUAAAUUCUGAUCAUGUUACAUUACAAUACAAAGGGUUGUACAAUGCUACAAUUGCAAGUUUAAAAGAUGGAUUAGCAAGAAAUUCAGGCAAAAUUCAGGAUGAUUUUUACCUUUCUACUUUCCAUCCUAUACUGGACUAUACUUUACAAACAAUUUAUUAUGAAUUACCUCGGUUGACUGAUAUGGAUAUGAGUGAGUGGAUAACUCCGUAUGUAUUUGAAAAUAUGAAUUUUAGAGAAUUAAAGGAUCAUUCUCUUCAGCUGUAUAAUUUAAAUACAUCAUUAUCAGAUACUAAAACAUCAUCAUUUUUAAUAAAAUCUUCAGGUGAUACAGAAUCCUUUGGAAAGAAUGGUAAUAUGGAAUUUGAAAAAUUAAAUGAUAUUCAAAAAAAAAUUAAUCCGUUGUCUACCAAUUUGUCACAUAAUGAUGUUUUUCCAACAAUCAGAGAAUCCAUUUCUCAUAAAAAAAUAUUGGAUGAAGAAGGUCUUAUAGUUGUAGCUUGUCUUAUUAGUCGUACUCCAAAUUUAGGGGGACUUGCCCGUACUUGUGAAAUUUUUAAUGUCAAAGAAUUAGUUAUUUCUAGUAUGAGUCAAAUUAAAAAUAAAGAGUUUCAAAAUCUUAGUGUAUCAGCUGAAAAUUGGAUAACUAUUACAGAGACAAAACCACAUGAAUUAUGCAAAUAUUUAUUGAAUAAAAAAGAUAUGGGAUGGUCUUUGGUAGGAGUAGAACAAACAGCUAACAGUACAAAUUUACUAAAUAUGAAAUUUGAGAAAAAGACAAUUCUUAUUUUAGGAAAUGAAAAGGAUGGGAUUCCUGCCAAUUUGAUACCUUUAUUUGAUACCUGUAUAGAAAUACCACAAGUAGGUGUGAUACGAUCAUUAAAUGUUCAUGUUACUGGAGCAAUAUGUAUAUGGCAAUAUGCAAAACAACAUAUAUUAACAUAAUUCUGUUUUUUAUUGUAAUUAUAUAAUAUUAUGUCUAAUGUUCAUAAUAUUAAUGUUUAUAAAAUUAAAAUUAUAUUUAUGUGUA